CGGCCGCCUGACUUCCGGGAGUGCGGGGCGGGGCGCUGCCAGCGCGGGGGCUGCUGCAGCCGCGGGGCGAGCGGGUGCGGGCGGGGGCGGCGGUGGGCUCGGCCCCGGCUUUGAGCAGCCAUGGGGGCGCCGGCGCGGCUCCUGCGCGCCGUGAUCAUGGGGGCCCCGGGCUCGGGCAAAGGCACCGUGUCGUCGCGCAUCAUCAAGCACUUCGAGCUGAAGCACCUCUCCAGCGGGGAUCUGCUCCGAGACAACAUGCUUCGGGGCACAGAAAUUGGUGUCUUAGCUAAGACCUUCAUUGACCAAGGGAAGCUUAUCCCAGAUGAUGUCAUGACACGGCUGGUUCUUCAUGAGAUGAAAAAUCUUGCCCAGUAUAACUGGCUCUUGGAUGGUUUUCCAAGGACACUUCCACAGGCAGAGGUCUUGGAUAAAACUUACCAGGUAGGAACAGUGAUUAAUCUAAAUGUGCCUUUUGAGGUCAUCAAACAGCGCCUCACUGCCCGCUGGAUUCACCCAGCCAGUGGCCGAGUCUACAACAUGGAAUUCAACCCUCCGAAAACUCUGGGCAUUGAUGAUCUGACGGGAGAGCCUCUCGUUCAGCGUGAGGAUGACCGACCAGAGACUGUUAUCAAGAGACUGAAGACCUAUCAAGCCCAAACAGAGCCAGUCCUGGAAUACUACCAGAAAAAAGGAGUGUUGGAAACAUUCUCUGGAACAGAAACCAACAAAAUCUGGCCACAUGUAUACACUUUCCUACAAACAAAAGUCCCACAAAUAAACUGGAAAGCAUCAGUUACUCCAUGAGCAAAAAUGUAUGAGUAAGAUGAGAAGCUCUUUGUCUAAGAUUAUGGCUUGUAUGGAUGCUUUGGAAAUUGGUUUCAUGUCUACUGAUCUUAUUGUGGAAACUAAGACUGUGCCAAGUGAGUCAGUUACUAAGAUUUAGCUUUUUAAAUCAUCUUAUGUUUUACACAUAAACGCUUAUGGGUGUACAAUUAAAAAAAAAUCAGAUGUCUUAACUCUGCAAGUUUUCUAGAGCAUAAUUAAAAGAUCAUUAGUACUCUCUUUUGGCCAAAGAGUCAAUGUUAGACAAAAUUCCAUUAGUCCUGGAAAAGUAAAGAAAUUCCAUGUCAUUUGGGAAGGAAUCUCAACAGAAGCUUCUGUGUCCGCUAGUGCCAAAAUCUCUAGCACCACUAUGAGCCAGAGCUAAGCAGGGCAUAGGUUAAAAGGAGAGAAAGAAGAGAAACAAACAAACAAAAACUGAUGCCGAAAGAAUUUAUUGCUAACAUUGUAGUACAAUUUUGAGACAUCACGGCUAGAAAUUUUCAGGAAAAAGCAACUGGAUUUAUAAAUCACUUGCAAGAUGUAAAUUCACUGCUGCCUUUACACUAAAAUACUUAACUCAAGUGGGAGGGUGCCUGCUGUGUCUGUCAGGCGUGUGGCUCAUGUCCAAGCACCAGCAUUAUAUGGGAAUACUCUAAAAAAAAUAGUUGAACCAGAACAGUGAAGCCUGGGCAAACAACAAAAAAGAUUAAAAAUUAAAAGUUGAAAAGGUACUAGAUAGCCAUAUCUAUAAAAUAAAAUAUAGCAUAAAAGCCUGUCAAAUAGCAAAAAGGAUAAAAUUACUUUCACAUGACUUUUCCCUUGAAAACUCAUAUAUGCCAGUAUUUAUAAAUUCAUGCAAGAGUAUCAAAGCUGAAUCCUCACAGGCAAGUUUAUUUGAAGUCAUGCUUUCUGAUGUAACUCAUGUUGAGAAAUGUUUACUCUGGGAUGCAGUUAAUCUCUUUUUAAGCAAUGUGUGUAACCUCCCUUGAUUAAUUGAAUCAUAAAUUAAUAUACAAGGGAAGAAAAAAAAAGGAAAUUCAUAGCACUGUAUAGAGUGAGCAUUAGAAAACAGAUCAGGCAUGCAUGAAGAACAUUACCAUGUCUUAAAUCUUAAUUAGUAAACAAGGAAAGCAAAUGAACAGGAUUUACAUGACAGGCUACAUAGGACCUGCAAAGCAAGUGAGUUUUUAUUCUCAAAUAAAGAUGUGGACAUUUGCUAA